AAAAGGCAAUAAGCUGCGACUGCUCUCUCCCCCCGUGAUAUCGAUAUCAUCGCGCUGCACAAGGUGGUUGGACAGAACGCGACGAAGACUUGAUCAACUGCCCGCCUCGGACUCUGGCUCUGGCUCUGGCUCUGGCUCCAUGCAAUGCUCAGCAACAGAGACAUCGUCGCCCUCCAGAAGAUCUACGAUCACAGUUACCUCAGCUGCUCAAAGGCUGUGUAUUACGAAGACCAGGGCGAUGAAGCCGAGGCGACUCGACACUGGAGAGCCGCGCUUCGACGAAUAAAUGAAUACUACGCAUCGCCAAACGCACCGCGACUCUCCGUAUCCUACACCGACACGGACGCCGCCCUGAUAGACGCGCUGAAAGAGCUGGAACUACAAUGCAAGGAAAGGCUUGAUCUUCUCGAAGCGCUUAGGCUGUCUCGCGAGGACAGCUGUGCCGCCUCGGCGAGCCGCGACUACGCCACCCCGACCACCACGCAGGCCUCAGGCAGCAGCACCAACCAGGCCUCGGGGACGAUAGGACAAGGCACGAUUCCUGCCGUCAAAUACUCGGAACUCUCACGUCCUGUCUUCUCCCCCAGGGCUUCACUCGACGCAAUGACGUCAUCUGAAGACACGAUCAGGAGGGUCCGUAGCACCCCUGCCGAUUCAUCGACGCAGCGGUCCUACUCGCGUCCCAGCUCGCGGACGCCUGAUCUGCCCGGCUCGCAGAGCGACAACCUAGCCCGUCCUUCGAGCCCGGAGAGGCACACAAUGAGGACAACACUGCGGUCCAAGAAGACCAGCGAUCGGCCGUCGGUUAUUCGCAAAUCGAGCAGGCCUGCGGCGGAUGGGCCAAGCAAGGCCGCCACGUUGGCAUGGAACUCUUCGGCAGCCCAAAACACCUUUUUGAGGCCCUUUGCUCCUGAAGGGCGGUCGCCGAAAUCAAGUCCCGCACCGCGCCCGUCGAUGGAACGCGGCUCGCCCAGUUCACAACGGCCGACGCAAGUUUACGAGCCAAGAUCUUCACGCACGUCGCCUCAGAAAUGGAACAUGGUGACCGUGACCGACGAGACUCGCCUCCCACAACCUUCGGUUCUGUCUAUUAGUGCAGCGUCAAGCGCCUUAACGUCCUCAAACAACCCAGAAACCUCGACGCUGUAUCGAACGCCCAGUAAGUCAGAGCAAUAUCAAACGCCUCGAAGGUCGUUUGGUUUCGAGGAAACACCAAGUCAAAGCAGGAGAGGGAGCACCAAAGCUGGUGCUGGCAGCUAUUUUGGAACAUCCGCUGGAGAUGGGCUCCGAGAGGAUCCCAGGCAAUCAUACUUGUACACGUCGAGCUAUGGUGCCGAGACGCCUCGAACAAAGCCUGAGCCCUUGAAACGGAGAUAUAGUGGGCGCCGCUCAACUGAAGACGUUGUCGAGAGUACGGCGAGGGAAAAGCAAACUGAUAAAAAUGACAAGAAGACAUCGACGGCGGCUAUUCUCAAGAAUCUGCCCCCAGGGAUAGACGAAAGCGCCGCAAAACAGAUUCUCAACGAUAUCGUUGUCCAAGGAGAUGAAGUCCACUGGAGCGACAUUGCUGGCCUGGAGGUUGCGAAGAAUUCCUUGCGAGAGACAGUAGUCUACCCGUUUCUACGGCCAGAUCUGUUCAUGGGCCUACGCGAGCCAGCUCGCGGGAUGCUCUUGUUUGGACCACCAGGAACUGGCAAGACGAUGCUGGCACGCGCUGUUGCCACCGAAUCCAAGUCCACCUUCUUCUCCAUUUCUGCCAGCAGCUUGACAAGCAAGUAUCUGGGAGAGUCUGAGAAGCUGGUCAGGGCGCUUUUCGGUCUCGCCAAGGCGCUUGCUCCCAGUAUCAUUUUUGUUGACGAGAUCGACUCACUCUUGUCCCAUCGAUCAGAUGCUGGCGAGCAUGAGGCGACCAGAAGGAUCAAGACGGAGUUUCUCAUACAGUGGAGUGAGCUUCAGCGAGCAGCUGCUGGUCGAGAGACGAGCAGCAGUGCAAAUCCGCGGAAUGAAGCUCAAAGGGUCUUGGUGUUGGCUGCUACAAAUUUGCCAUGGGCAAUUGACGAGGCCGCACGGCGACGAUUUGUGCGCCGCCAGUAUAUUCCACUGCCCGAGCCGCAGACACGAGAGACUCACCUCAGGACAUUGCUACGUCAGCAGAACCACAGCCUAACAGAAGAAGAUAUAUCAAAGCUUGUACAGUUGACCGAUGGAUUCUCAGGCUCCGAUAUCACAGCUCUUGCCAAGGACGCAGCCAUGGGGCCGUUAAGAUCUUUAGGCGAGGCUCUGCUAUACAUGACAAAGGACGAAAUCCGACCCAUGGACCUGUCGGACUUUGAGCAGAGCUUGAAGUCGAUCCGACCCAGUGUUGACAAGGAAGGCUUGAGGGAGUACGAAGAAUGGGCCGAGAAGUUUGGCGAGCGUGGUGGCUAA